AUGUACCACCUCAUCACCGGGCUGUACGCCGAGUGGACCAAGAAGCCGCGCUACAAUGCGCUCAUGGUGGGCGCUGCGGGCGUCGGCAAGUCGUGCCUGCUCGAAAAGGUGAGCACUGUCGCCACGCUCCGGUUCCAGCUCCUCCCGCUGACACCCUUCCCUCCGCUGCUAGAUCAAGAGCGUCUAUCUCAAGAGACCGGCACUGCCGCCAAAUCGAGUCGCUCCAACCGUCGGACAGAAUGUCUGCCUCGUAUUCAUCUGCACUUCUGGGACCUGGGUGGCUCACCAUCGGUGCGCACGCUGUGGAGCAAGUACUACGACGAGUCGGAUGCCGUCGUCUGGGUCGUCGACGCGCGCCACUUUCUUCCACUCCAUCGACACUCCGACAAGGUCUCUACCUCGCAGGCCCCCGAUGCGGGCACAGACUCAUUUGCCGCGCGUGAAGCAUCCUGGAAGCUCCUGUCCGAGCUGCUCAUGCAUCCGAGCCUCGAAGCGUGUCCGGUCCUUAUUGUCGCCAACUGCGUCGACGAGUGCGAGUCGUCCGAAGGCCUGGCGCGCACAAUCAAGCAGUGGUACAGCGACAAGCUCGCGUCGGACGACACGGACGUGGCUGCUGCUGCGGGGGACAACGUGUUUGCGGACGACGAGGCGUACAGAGCGCCCUCAACAUCGGUGCUCGGCGAGAGAGAGUACGAGUGGGACGUGGUGCUGGCCAGCGCCUUUGACGGAUUGGCUUGCGGGCCGGGUACAGCGCUCCGCGCCUCGCUCACAAUAGCACCAGCCCGUCCCGCCGCCAUGCUGUUGGUGGCCGCAGCAUGA